UCCCUUUGCACUCCUGGCCUGGGUGCUUGGAGGAGGGAGAAAAAAAAGCAGAGCGUACAGCCCCCAGGAGCUCGGCGAUGGGCUCAUGGAGCUUGUUAGUGUCGCCCAGUUUUAUUUACGUUCCUGUCCAGGAUGUACUUUAGGAGUUCAAUAAGAUGUUCGCGUGUUUGGAGAUGAUCGUUUUGUUCCUCGCGGUCAACAUUUACGACUUCGUAGCAGCUCAAGAUCCAUCAUGCUGUCAUCAUGCCAGGGAUUUCUCACCAUGUAGGGAAGCAUGUGAUCAGCUUGCUACCACGAAGAGUGAGUCACGGCUGAAGCACUUAUUACAGCGGCUGCCCAGCUAUUGUCCAGAGUCAAUGGGGGAGCUUUGGGUUUGCAUCAAUUCAUCUCUUCCUGGGGCAUCAAAAAAAUCAGACGGCUGGGUAGGCCUUGGGUGCUGUGAACUUGCUAUUCUGGUUGAAUGUCGGCGCGAGUGCAAAUCCGCAUCAUCUAAGAGCGACAUUUCAAAAAUAUGUAGAAAGGAAUAUGAGACUGCUCUCUACAAUUGUAUCAACAGGAAUGAGAUGGGAUCUGUCUGCUGUAGUUAUGCAGGACGGCACACAAACUGUCGGGAAUACUGCCAAGCCAUAUUUCGCACAGACUCUUCACCUAGCCCUUCACAAAUUAAGGCUGUAGAGAGUUACUGCGCCUCCAUUAGCCCUCAGUUACUGCGCUGUGUGGACAACUACACUCAGUCAUACCCCAUGACGAAUCCUAUUGACAGUCUUUACUGCUGUGACAGAGCAGAAACCCCAUCUUGCCAGGCAGCAUGCAGAAGAAUUUUGAUGACAAUGACGACUGAAAAUGAAAUUGUUGAUGGCCUAAUUGAAGGCUGUAAAACACAACCUCUGCCUCAAGACCCUUUAUGGCAAUGUUUUCUGGAAAUUCCAAAAUCCGGUAACCCAGGUGUUUCUGUUAACACAUCUCCUUCUACUGGACUGGAUGGGGCUAAAUUGCACUGCUGUUCCAAAGCCAACACUACCAUAUGCAGGGAUUUGUGUAAUAAGCUCUACAGCUCCAGCUGGGGCAGCACACAAAGCUGGCUGGAGUUUGAUCGCCUCUGUGAAUACAAUGCAGUGGAAGCCUCCAUGUUAACCUGCUUAGCUGAUGUGAGAGAGCCCUGCCAGCUAGGCUGCAAAGACCUGUCCUACUGCACAAACUUCAACAACAGACCUACAGAAUUGUUCCGAAGCUGCAAUGUUCAAUCAGACCAGGGAGCCCGGAAUGAUAUGAAACUAUGGGAAAAGGGAAGCAUCAAGAUGCGCUUGAUGAGCAUUCCCGUCCUGGACAUUCGGAAAUGUAAGCCAGAGAUGUGGAAGGCGGUUGCAUGUUCUCUUCAGAUUAAGCCAUGCCACAGCAAAUCUCGGGGAAGUGUAAUCUGCAGAUCAGACUGCAUAUUUAUGCUGGAGAAUUGUGGGGAUCACAGCAAAUUUCCAGAAGGUCAGACACCUGAAACUAUUUGUGACCUUCUGUCUCCAACUGAUGAUACAGAAUAUUGUAUUCCUUUGGAGAAAUACCUCAGUCCAAGCACGUUAGGAAAUAUUGUGGAAGAGGUGAUCCAUCCUUGUAACCCAAACCCUUGUCCAAGCAACCAACUGUGUGAGGUGAAUAGGAAAGGCUGUCAACCAGGACAAGACUGCCUUCCUUAUUUUUGUGUGCAAGGUUGCAAACUUGGAGAAGCCUCAGAAUUUCUAGUUCAUCAGGGUGCUUUGAUACAAGUCCCAUCAUCCAAAGGAGAGGCUGGCUGCUAUAAAGUUUGCACCUGUAGUCAAAGUGGUCGACUGGAAAAUUGCAUGGAAAUGCCAUGUGUGGACAUGCAGAAAACCUGCAUUGUUGGAGGCCAAAGAAAAAGUCAUGGGACGUCCUUUAAAGUUGACUGCAAUGUCUGCUCUUGCUUUGCUGGAAAGUUAAUCUGCUCAACUCGACAGUGUCUGAAUGAAUACAGUUCAGAAGUGGACAGAAGGAUCUUUACAGGUCUGCCAUGUAAUUGUCCCGACCAGUUUGUGCCUGUCUGUGGGCAGAAUGGCCGCACCUACCCCAGUGCCUGCAUUGCCCGAUGUGUUGGAUUCUUAGACAAUCAAUUUGAAUUUGGGUCGUGUCUCUCUAAAGAUCCUUGUACUCCAAAUCCCUGCAGUAAAGGUCAAAGAUGUAUACCAAAGCGGAAAGUUUGCCUGUCAAGUAUUGCGGAUUAUGCCUGUAACCAAUAUGAUUGUGUGUCAAGGCCUGCAAACUGUGAUUCGGUGCCAGUGGACUCAGUAUGUGAUACAGAGGGAUCUGAGCACCCUAAUCUCUGUGUGCUUUACCAAAGAGGAAAGAUUUUCGCUUACACUGGCCAGUGUCAGGAUGCAUGCAAGCUGGAUAAACCCAUCUGUGGUCAGAAUGGAGAGACCUACAACACAGUGUGCGCCGCUUAUUCAGACCGCGUUGCUGUAGACUAUCAUGGCCAGUGCAGUGCUGUCGGAGUGGUGUCUGAUUACUCUUCUCACACAGAUUGCACUAACGUUAUUUGCCCUCCUUUGUCAGCUACCGGAUGCAAGCCAGUUACGCCGCCUGGGGCCUGCUGUGCUCUCUGUGCAGGAAUGCUAAGGAUCCUAUGGAACAAAGAACAGCUGGAUGCUUUCGCCAAGCUCAACCACAGACAGCCAGUGACUGUUCACGACAUCCUUCAGACUUUACGACUGCAUAUUUCAGUCCCCCAGUGCGACAUCUUUGGAUUCCUGAGUAUAGAAUCUGAGGUCGUAAUACUCAUCGUCCCUGUUGACCAGCAGCCCACAUCACUGCAGAUUGAGGCAUGCAAUAAAGAAGCUGAGAAGAUUGACUCGCUGAUCAACUUUGGCAGCCCAACGCUAGUCUCACAUGUCCCUCUGUCUGCGCUUACAGCAUCCCAGGUGCAAGUCUCCUCCAAAACCUCAUCGGGAAAUAUCAACAGGAUGCCUUUAUGUUUUGCACUAUUCCUUAGCCUCCUCUUGACUGUGGCAACCAUCUUCUAGCUGCUUCUUGCUGAACUCUCAAGAAUAAAAUGAAAAAUGCAUUUUGCAUAAGUUUAGAAACUGCGCUGCUUUGGACGUCUAAUGUGACAGAUGGCGAAGGACUGAAAAAGGUUUCCUUUAAUAACUUAAAAGAGAUCAGUUGCUAGGAUAAUCAGAUGUGUUUUUAAUUUAUGGCACAUUUAUAAUGGGUAGCCUAUUUGUUUUAACCCCAAGACCAGACCUUGAUCUUUGCACAUUUCUUGAUAUUAUAAUACAAAGAGGAAACAAAGCUUUAAAGAAAACAAUCGUCGUUAGUAUUAUGCCAGACAGAUAGCUCUCAUCCCGUGUUUGCAAAGGGAGAAUUUAGACAGCUAUCGGUCUGACAGUUCAUUGACAAUCUUUGGGGCCUUCCCUGUUUACUGAGUUGAAACACUUUUUUUUUUUUUUCCAUUUUAUCUCCUAUUUCUCACUUGAUCGAUGUUACUCUUGAGAUUUUUCUUCACUGCCUGCCAGUUUUAGCCUGACUUGGGCAUUUACACCUCCCAACCCAUUGGUGAUGCUGCUCAGCAUUGUUAAUUCUUCUUCUCGGUAAAGUGGAGAGGAAAAUGGGCUCACCUAUCUCAUUAGCACAAACCUAUCAGUUAUGAUUUUCAUGUUCCAUAACAAAUAAUAGAGCAGGUCACAUUUUUGACAUUCGAAGAGAAGUCGAGAUUUGUGCAGCCUCAGCCAAUCACACGUGGCUGCCAUGUAUUUCGAUUUACAUACGAAUGGCUGUUGCAUGUUUGUAAUGGGUGUUGAUCAGAGUGUUGUUUCUUUUUUUAUUGUGCUAUUCAUUUAUAAUUUUAAGACCAUGGUAGAGAUUCUCUCAUUCAGGAGGUUCGCUGAUCAUUCCCAAAAUUUAGAAUCCUUUACAUUGAUUGGCUGAUAGCCUGCUAUGGUUUGACAUAGAAUAUAUUAAGGAAAUGUAACAUUAAAACUCUACUUCAAGGAUGCACAGCUUCUUUAGCAUAAGGGUAAGCCAUUCUAGGAGUGUUGGGAGAAAUGGGAGAAUCGUAAUACAAAGAGACUCAUACUGCUCUGCAAUGUUAGAUCGACAUGUGCCACCAGACGUGAGGUGGAAUACGUUAUUAUUACCCUCAUAGCUAGAAACUGAGACUGAAAUCAAAGGGGGCCGGGUAUUGUGCCACUUAUGGACAUGUCCUCCAAAGGACACACGUUGUUUCCCCCAAGCCUUGUGAUGUAAAAAGAUCUUCAGCAUACACAUUUUUUUUUAAUCGUGUUAUUAAAGCAACAGAACUGUUGCACAAAUAAGCUAAAGAAAAUAGUCGAUCAAAGAAAAAAAUAGUUUUGUUUGUGUGUUGUGGAAAACAAAAAGCAUAACAGAACUUGAAAAUGACAAAGAACAAGAGCCAUGUUGUUAUACUGACAAUCAUUUGUAUCCACUUGUGGGUAACCUGACUAAUAUGCCUUUUCUUAAAGUAUAUCUCCUGUACAGAAGUACAGGCAGGUAAUGCAAUAAUUUUAUAAUGUAUAAAAAAUGUUUGUCCCAGUUAUUGAGUUGGACUUUUAUUUACAAAGUAUGUAAAAGAACCAAUUUACGAAAUGUGCCAUUCAAGAUGUCAUUGUACUUGCAUGUUGACUAAUUAUGAAGUGUGCUGUUACAGAAUGUAUUUGAUGACUUUUUGUUAUUUUAUUAUUUUUGUUUUGUUAUGUUUUGUUUUUGUCUAUGUGCCUAAGCUUCUUUUUCACAUGAAGUGUUUCUCUCGUUUCAGUAUUAUUGAGCUAGGCAGCUUUUUAGUAUUAUAUAUAUUAAUAAUGUUUGAUUAUUUUUUGUUUGUUUUCUUCCUUUCACGUGUUACUGAAGUUACUGUGAUUUUAUUGCCAAACUAUAGAACUUGUAUAAAUGUAGGCACUUAAAACAUAACGUUAAACCUCAAACUUUGCAAAAAUGAGUGUUUUAGCAAAAAAAAGCCAGUACUUGUAUGAUGUUAAAAUGCCAACAAUGCAUAUUUUAUAAAGUAUAAAAUGCAGUUUUGACAAA